GCGGUUUUUAGAAACCUUUGAAUUUUUGGAUCUUGAAGGAGUCGCCACCAAACAUUAUUUUAGGGUCCCGUUUGGAAAGACCAAGAGUGACUCGAUUUGGAUAAGGCUUUGAAUCUUCGAAACGGAUGGGUGAGAUCCGGGCACGGGAACGAGAUGCUUAUUCCGCGAGCUUUAGAAAUUAUUCAAGUACGUGGCACAACAUUUUCGAAAAUACCCUAGUUUAGACUAUGUGGGUUUGAAUUUAGAACAAAUUGAAUUUCUACUUUGUAUUGUGAUCACUUUGCUUUAAGUUAAUUUAAGGGAACCUAAGAUCGGUUUGUCCAAGAAAUUAUCUUUGUUAAGCGUGAUGUAACCUUGCAUUUUGUUGUAUUUAGCAUGUGCGGUGAUGAAAGCAAUAAAGCAAAUUAAAGCAACAUCACAAUAGUAAAUAAGUGCGGAAUUAGUAAAUACAAGACCCCCUAAAAAUGGACUAGGGAGUAGGUCCACAUUGCCUAGAAGGACUAGGCAAGUAAAGUUGCAUAAUUGAAUGUGCGGAAUUGAAAUGCAUUAUUGAGAGUGCGGAAUUGAAAGGUGCAUAAUUGAAAUUGCAAUAUUGAAAUUUGAACUUGGGACAUGAAAUCUGUACGCCAAACGGCUACUUGAAAAUAAGUGCGUUCGACACGAAUUCAAAGCCAAAAAUCUCAACUUGGGAGAAGUUUCUCACCCCAAAGUAUCCUAGAUUUUGCAUAUAGAACUUGAACUUGAAAGCUUGAAACUUGAAAUAUUGAACUUGAAAUACUUGAACUUGAACUUGAAAUGUUGAACUUGAACUUGAAAUAUUGAAGUUAAGAGACUUGAAUCUCAAAGAUUGGGCCUUUUAAUGUUGAAAAGGUUAGAUCUUUGAUGUGCUCUUACUUUGAAAGAAUCCUAGUUUAGGGAAGUAGUCAUGAGCAACCCUAAACAUUGUUGGAUCUUGAAAUUUGAAAACUUGAACUUGUAUAUUGAAAAAUGGAGUCUUGAAUCUCAAAGACUAAACCUUUAAAAGUUAGAAAGGCAUCAUCUUUGAUUACUCCAUGUUUGAAAAUGAUUCUAGUUCAAAGAAGUGAUUACAAACAACUUUGAACAUCCUUGAAUCUUGAAAGUUUGCAUUUUUGUAUUUUGAAAAGUUUGGAUUUUGAAGAAAUGUAUGAUUGUUGCAAGUGACAUUUUUAAGAGUAAAAAUGCCAACUUACUAAUCAUUUUGAAAUAGAAAAUCAAAGCAACAUUGAAUAGGUUAGGGUUGGGUUCGGAAUUACCUAGUUAGGUUUAGGCAAGCUUUCCGAUUAGAACUCCCAAUUGCUUAAAGCUUGAAGAUUGUAUGGUGUUUUUGGAGGAUUUUGUAUUGAUUUUUGUAUUGAAUUUUGAGGUGCAAUUUUUGUAUUACGACGUUGUAUGUCGAUUUUGCCUCCUAAAACUGCUCAGAAUUAGGGGUAUUUAUAGGGGAGUUUGCUGCUAAACGCCAGCCAUUGCCAGCGUCGACGCAGCUGGUAGCGCCCAGUGCUGGUGACGUGGCGUGGAUGCUGCCAAAAACGACGGAAAGAUGCCGUCCUUGCUUUUGGAUUGUAUUGCUGUACCAUUUUACGAAUUGUACGAAAUUGGCACGUAGUGAUUGCUUGGGGAUUAAGGCUUAGCUUUCGUCUAAAAAUAAGCCGUUUCGGGUUUUUGAAUUCGGUUUUACGGGACGAGGCCCGCCUCGCUCGGUUUUGUGGGUCGGCGCCCGAAUUUGACUUGCCUUAUAUGAUUUUGAGUGGAAAAGGCCUUGUAAAACCAAUGGGAUAGUCCAUUAGGUGAGAUUGUACUUGGAUUUUGAACUUGAUUUUUGAAAUUUGUAUUUUGUACCGAGUUCCGGAAGGGGAACGACCUCGGGGAUUGGAUUUUGGCUCUUGGAUUUUGGACAUGCUUUUAGCAAUUGGAAUUUCCACACGGAGUUGCUCCAAUUACCUAACAAGGAUAAUGGUAUCGUCAUCAUCCCAAUGGGGAGACACAAAUUAGGUGUCUACAGAAGCCCCCACUUUGACUGAGCGUUCGGUUAGGAAAGCGCAAGUCAAAGUAUUCGACUUGGGACGGAGAAUGAUCAAGAUGUUCUGCAAUCAAGACCACUCUUUGUACGCCGGUAUCUGCACAAAAUAAGCGUUAGAAAAAAGGACAAAGUCUACCUCGGUUCGGCUGUGACGACUCCGGCUUGUACUUGUAUUGUACUUUCGUCUUUGAGUUAGGACGGAGCUUGACAUUGAAAAUUUUGAAUUUUGAAUUUCGAAUUCUUGAAUUUUGAACUUUUAAUUUGAAUACCCGGAGUUAAUCCGCUGGGGAUGUGCUUCACUGGGGACAAAAGCUUUUUACUAGCCCUUGAGAUUUUGAAAUUUCGGCUGACUUUCCUGGAGCUUGGGUCCGUUGGGAGUCAAAUGCCUAAAUUGUUGCAUUUUUUGGACUUUGAAUUUGACUACCCGGAGUUAAUCUGUUGGGGAUGUGCUUCACUAGGAACAAAAGCUUUUUACUGGCCCUUGAGAUUUUAAAAUUUCGGCUGACUUUCUUGGAGCUUGGGUCCGUUGGGAGUCGAACGCAUAAAUUGUUGCUUUUUUUGUACUUUGAAAUGCUUGUUGACUUGAUGCUCGCAUGAUCGUAGGCUUCUUGAAUUUUGUAGAAAAUUGUUUGAUAGCCACUUGUAGUCUUGAAUUUUUGAAUUUUGUAUAAUUUUUUUUCUUGAACUUAUAUCUGCUAUGGCAUGGGUAGCCUAGGCGUUGAUGUAGAAUUUGUAUACCUGCUUUGGCGUGGAUAGCCUAGGCAUUGGUGUAGAACAUGUAUACCUGCUUUGGCAUGGAUAGCCUAGGCGUUGGUGUAGAGGUCCCUGGUCGGGUCUGUACCGCCGCUGGGAUUUUUUGCAUUUUGACUUUUGUACUGGCUAGUAUAGGAUAGCCCCCAGUUUAGAAUCUUGAUGUUUUGUAUUUUGCAUGACUUAGUAUGCCUCGUCACACUCGAAGAAAGCUUGCCAAACGCUCAGUGGUUCGAGUUGCUAUGGAGGAUGCUUCGGAUGAUGAAGCGGCUGCCACAAAUGUGCCGGAGGGGGGCAUGAUUCCCUGGAGACUACCUGCCUUUGUUGGCACUGGUUGGAGUCCUUCCGAUCUAGUGUUCCGACCGGACUUUCAUUUGUCUCAGCGGCCUCGCGCUGGCUUGCUGAGUCUUGUACUGUGCUUUGAAUUUGUGUUCUGAAGUUGUAUAGGUUUUGAGCUGAUUCGUUCAUCCAUAGGCCGAUGGAGAGCCUUUGCGCACCUUUUGGUACUUGGCGGACCUUCAGAAGGUUUUUCGAGCCAUCCGUGCUGACGAGGAGGCUAUGAGCAUCUGGUUGCAGACGGGCUUGGUCGAUUUCUGGCGUGCCAUGGGAGAUACUCCGAGGAGAACGGGGAUCAAACCCCGGCUACAGGCUUUGCUGGAGCGGUGGUGGGAUACCACCAACACUUUUAAUAUGGCAUGGGGGGAGAUCACCAUUACUCCCUUCGAGUUCGCCAUGAUUACGGGCCUUCCUUUUUCCGAGAGGACCGUGAUUUUUGAUUCUAGGAUGAAGUGGUUCUCGAAUACCGCCAGGGACUUGCUCGACCUUGUUUUUGAUUUGGCGGAUGAUGACACUCAUGCUUCUGUGACGGUGAUCAUGGAUGCCAUCCGUAGUGUAGGCAUAUCUGCGGAGCAGAGGGUUCGACUUUUCCUCUUGGCUCUGGUGAGCAGAGUGAUGGCCCCGAGCAGGAACAACCGGGUGCACAUCGGCUUCCUGACAGCUUUGCAGGAUUUGAGGGCUGUUUCGAGGCUCAACUAGGUGGUAUUACAUACGGCCACCUCUUGUAUGAGAUGAAGUGGGCUUCUCGGACUGCGCCCGAGGGCGAGGGAGAACCGAGCAUUGCUGCUUUGUGGAGUGUGCUGGAGAUUUGGAUGUACGAGCACUUCCCGACUUUGGCGCCGGAUCGUACUGGAGAUGCGGCUUACCCGUAUGCUGCCUCUUGGAUAGGAGCGGUGCGCAGGAGGGUGCCUCUGUCGGCCUCCCGCAGAACUUGGCGGGUUUUAUUCAUCAGUGAGGUGGUUUGGCGUCCUUUUGCUGACGCGCCUAUACCUGUUUCGGCCGCUCAGGCCCAUUUCUUGUCUUCGAGGCAGGUCUUGCUCCCGGGCGUGUAUCGCCAUAUGUGGUACUUGGGGGAGCGCGUGUCCCUUCAGCACAGUACGGGGAAAAGGCUUGUCCCUAAGGAUCCACCGGGGUCCAUGUUGGCGUCAGACGAUGAACUCGCCCAACUCUACUUGAAUGCUGGUGAUGCUGUUUGCCUCCCUUGGGAGAACUUUGUAGAUAGGAGGGGCCGCUAUGAGGACCUUCUGGGGAGACUCGCUCCACCUGUACGCUUCGUACUACCGGAGGAGGAGGUUGAUCUUGAGGACAUUCCCUAUGCUGAUAGGGUCAUCCGCUAUGAGAACUCGAACGGGGAACAGGUGGAGGUGACCAUCCCUGUAGCUUUUCCUCCGCACCGGAGAUCGUAUGAUGCUGUACCUGAGCAUUAUGCAGCUGCGCCUCGGGUGAGAGUGCGUCGCUGGAUGCUUUUGAUUGAUUCUUUAAAGAGGCAUUGUGCCAAGCUGACCCAGAAUCUUUCUGGCCGGGACAGAGAGAUUGCGGUUUAUUUUUUCUUGAAAAAAAUAACCAUGGAUUCUUCAACCAUCUCAUUCCCUGUGGCGUUUUCUCUCCAAUCGUGUUUGCGGUUCGUGUUUGCGGUUCACAAAAGAUAGAGAAACCAAAGCUUCGAACCAUCCUCCCUAUUUUCUCGACAUGGUGAUGCUAACAAGUUAACUCAAUUUUUUGGUGAAAUUUGUUGUUCUGCUUAUGGAUUGAUGGUCGAUCUUCAGUUAAAAAGAUCCAUCUCCAACGUUAGGAUCUAGAUCUAAAUGGGUUUGUCAUGGCUGUGAGAUUCAUUUUAUUAGCUAAUGAAUAUGCAAACAAAUACAUUUUGAAUGGAGUUGUCGAUUUGCUUAGUUUGGAUUUUUCAUAUAUUUGUACUUUGAUUUAUUCAACUUUGUAAGAUAAUAUAGAAACUCAUAUGUACUCCGUAUUUGAUUAAUAAUAAUAAAAAAGUUAAGUAUUUCAAGAUUUUUGUCUCCAAA